AUGGUCGAACUGCGAAAGGUGCUCGGGGAAAUGUCCCUCGCCAACGAGCAGCUUCGGGCCAUGGUGAAGGAGCUGCAGCAAGAGCUGGUGAUGCUGCGUCAGCGUACCGUGGCCAACGAAGAAAUGGCCCGGGAGGAGCGGAAGCUGGCCCGCGAAGAAUUUAAGCUGGCGCAAGAGAAAUUCCACCAGGAGCUGCAGUGGAAUAAGGACCAGGCCCGCCAGUGGUAUGAAGAGACGCAGCGUCUCAGAGGCGAGCUGGCAAAGGAGACUGCGUGCCACCAGGAGCUGCUGGCACAGAUGCUUGGUUGUGGCGGUAACCAAGCUCUGCAACCGCAGCAGCAGGCGCAGCCAGCUGUUGCGCAGCAGCACCCUCAGAGGCAGCAGAAACAGCAACAGCAACGGCCUCCGUCGAAGCAGGCGACAUCGCAGAGCUCCCUGCAGCAACGGCAACAGCAGCAACAACAACAGCAGCAGCAGCGGAUGACGUAUGCUAACGUGGCGGCCGAGACAUCCGGCACGCAGGCUUCCCAGGGCGGUUCUUGGACGGUGGUGGGGCCUCGUAAAGCACCGCAGAAGCCGCAGCAGCAACAACAGCAGCAGCUGGCCAAGCCGCGACCACAAUCUGCGGCGGCGAAGCAUUCGGCGAAGAAGAAGCUGGACGCCAUCGAGGUUGCCCCAGGAGAGGGACAGUCAUGGACAGACGUCUACCAGAUGAUACGGAGCGCUCCGUCGUUGGCCGAAGAUCAGGCCAAACUAGGCGUUGGACGACGAACGACGCGGGACCGGCUAGUAAUGGACCUGCAGGAUGGCGUCAACUCAGCGGAAAUCCUGCUACGAGUCCUGGAGGUCUCCGCGCAGGCUGCACCCUCGGCCUCCACCCGCUUGGUGACGGAGACGGUGGAGGCGUGGAACGGUACGCAGACGGCGUACGUUCGGAUGACGCUCAAGGCGGCGGAGCUGAUGCACCAACAGCGAGUACGAGUGCUGCACACCUCAUGCUUGGCGACGAAACUGACACCACCGACGCGGGGCCAGCUACGGUGCUUCAAAUGCCUGGAGCACGGACACCUGCGGCACCAGUGA